AAAACAGUGUUGCCAACUUUUAAGAAUCGCCACUGCACUCACACUUUGAAGAGCCAACGGGAACUGCCCUUAUUUAGGCCUCUGCGGGCUGAUUAUUGAAAUUAAUAGAUAAAGCGAUGGAUAAGGAAGACAAACUGAAAAUAAAGCGAUCCCGUCGAUAGAAGCGAGUGGUUGCAAUUGGCAAAGAAGGUAAGUGAUUAAAACCAUCCCACGAGAGACCCUGUCGUUAGUCCAACAUUUUCUCCCUCAGUCUGUAACAAACACCUGCUUCAACCAAGAGGAUAGCUUCUUUUCCCCUUUGUCUUUUUUGUCUAUAACUUUGUCUAUCAGUUUCAAUAAUCACCCGGCAGGAGAUAUGGAUCCCUUGCUACAAGCGAAAUUAAUGGAAGGUUUUCUGUUCCGAUGGCGACUUUAGAAAUGGCGCUGUACUUUUCGGAGGAGAAGUCGUUCUUGGAGAAGCUGAACGAGCAUCGCGUCGUGAUCGACGACCGGCCGUUCUUCAAGUGCUUCAAGUGCAACAAAUGCUACUCGUCCAAGUACACCCUGGCCAGGCACAUCAACUACGAGUGCGGCCUCCCGCCUUGCUUUCAAUGUCCCAAAUGCCCCUACCGCUCCAAACGGAAAGACCACAUGAAGUCGCACAUGAACGGCGUUCAUAGGUCCGAUCUCAGCACCAGCAGCGCUUAUGCUUUCGACUCUCUCAACGCCUUUUGAACCUGAUUACUCACCUACUGAAAAAAA